AUGUACCCACGGCAUCAAACUUCCUUUGACCAAUACUAUAAGAAGAUCGUCACCUUCACCAAGCAGAGCGAUUCGGAAUUACCCAGUAGGGCCCUCCUCGAGACACAUGCCGCGAUUGCGGAGAUUCUCCAUGCCUCCGGGCAGGGUGAGCAGAUCGAUGAACUUCUGUAUGAUUGGGAUACACUUCGCUGCCUGGCGUCGGACGGCAGUACGGAUCUUCAGAGCCUGCUGUCAUUAGUACACGUGCAUUAG